UUACGUAAAGGUUAUUAAUCUGUGGCUGUGAUACAAUGACGCUAGCCGACUAAACAACGUUUAUCGUGGACGCCCCAGGGGCUUUUGUUUGUAGCGUUUCAGGAGAAAAGAGAUGGCUCACAGUCAAUAACGUCUGAAUAUUUGACUGGUCGUCUGGAUUUCGACCAAGUCAAUAACGUGCGAUAAGGUGUGACUAAUUGUCUUCAAGUUUCAGAAUAGUUGCUGUUUAUUUAGCAAGGAGGCUUCUUUGAUUCUUUGCACUGCAGAUUUUAUGAGCAUGCAUGCGAUGAUGUCUCUAAUAAGGAUGGCAACUUUUGGUCUUCACCACUACUUGAAUAAUUGCAGUAUUAUGCACUUGAUCAUCUCCAUCAAUUUCCUCCUUAUUCCCCUUUGCCAUACACUUUCCUUCAAUAUCAGUCACUUCGAUAAUUCUGCAACUAAGAUACUCUACGACGGCGAUGCAGCGCCUUCUUCCGACGGUUCGGGAUUCAUUGAACUCAAUAGAGAUGAAGCUUGUCUUGUUGGCUGGGCGAGAUAUGCAGAGCCGUUGCACUUGUGGGAGGGGUCGUCACUUGCUGCAGACUUCACUACUGACUUCUCCUUCGUUGUGCACUUUCUUAACAGCAGCGAAAUUGGUGAUGGGCUUUCCUUCUUCCUCGCUCCGGUCCACUUUACAAUUCCACCCAACUCCCGCGGUCCUUUGAUGGGUUUGUUCAACGCAACCACUCAGUUGGCAGUCUCCCAAAACCAGCUUGUGACGGUUGAGUUCGACACUACAUCCAAUCCAGUCUGGGAUCCACCGGUGACGCACAUCGGGAUCAACGACAGGAGCGUCAGGUCAGUUGUUAAUGCCAGCUGGGAUCCUCUCAGUGGGAAACCGUGUCAUGCACGGAUAGCGUACAAUGCUACCACCAACAACCUCACUGUGCUUUGGACAUACGAAGAAAAUUUCGAGGCAAAUUCUUCCCUUUCCUAUCCUAUUGACCUGAAAAUGUCUCUCCCGGAGUGGGUUAGAAUUGGAUUUGCAUCUUCUACAGGCCUUUUCCAUGAGCGGCAUGUUAUAAGAUCAUGGGAAUUCAGUAGUUCAGAAAUAAAGUCUGAUGCGAGCCGAAGGAGGAUAGUCUUGAGGAUUGGGGUCGCUGUAGGAGCAGUAGUUCUUUUCUUGAUUUUGGUGCUUUAUGUAUCCUACCGGUGGGUCGUAGGGAAGCGGAUAAAGAGGACCCGUGGAGAAGGAAUUGAGUCGAAUGACUCCUCCAGGGUUGCAUUGUCUCCCAUAAAUUCAGAUCUUCAGAUACUAGCCUUGCCAAGACAAUUUACUUAUCAAGAACUAGUUGCAGCCACCAAUGGCUUCGCAAAAGACAGAAGGCUAGGCCAAGGAGGAUCCGGACAAGUUUAUAAAGGGAUCAUACAAGAUCUAGGCUGUGCAGUUGCUGUGAAGAGAAUCUUUGCACAAUCCGACAAGUAUGAGAAAAUCUUCAUCAACGAAGUCAAGAUCAUAAGCCGAAUAAUACAUAAAAACUUGGUGCAGUUUAUUGGAUGGUGCCAUGAGCAAGGCGAAUGCUUACUUGUAUAUGCAUACAUGUCUAACAGUAGCCUUGACACGCAUCUAUUUGGCUCCAGGGCAACCUUGAAGUGGGGCUUUCGGUAUAAGAUAGCUUUAGGCUUGGCCUCGGCGCUUCAUUAUCUACACGAGGAAGCAGAGCAGUGUGUCCUUCAUAGGGAUAUCAAAUCAGCUAACGUUCUGUUGGACAACGAUUUUAGCACUAAACUUGGUGAUUUUGGGAUUGCUAAGCUUGUGGAUUCGCGGUUAAGGUCUCAGACUACAGGGGUAGUCGGGACUGUAGUCGGGACUUUUGGGUACAUAGCUCCAGAAUACGCUAGUGAAGGGAGGGCAAGCAAAGAAUCAGAUAUUUUUAGCUUCGGAGUUGUGGCCUUGGAAAUUGCUUGUGGAAGGACGACUUACCACGACGGAGAAUUCCACUCAUCGCUUUAUAGGUGGGUUUGGCAUUUGUACCUUGCAGGAAACUUACUGGAUGCAGCUGAUGAGAGAUUGGGUGUAGAUUUUGAUCAAAAUGAAAUGGAGUGCUUGUUAAUUGUUGGAUUAUGGUGCACUCAUCCCAACUGCAAAGAAAGGCCAAAAGCAGGACAAGUGAUUAAGGUUCUCCAGCUUGAAGCACCAUUGCCAAAUCUUCCACAUAGCAUGCCUGAUUACCCAAUGCCUCAACCUCAGCAACAAGAUCAAUCCGGUUCCUCUCAGCCUCAGUUGUCACUAACUGAGUAACUUCUAGCUUCAACACUGUAGGUCAACCUCAGCAACAAGAUCAAUCCGGUUCCUCUCAGCCUCAGUUGUCACUAACUGAGUAACUUCUAGCUUCAACACUGUAGGUCGUUAAAUCAUGUAUAACGAGUUAACGACCACUAAGCUGCCAUCGAAGUGUAGCCUUAGAUCAUGCUACAUGGUCUUUUUUAGAAAAUAAAACCCGAUACUCGCAAUGGAAAUUUUAUACUGCGUGGCCGAGUCUUUUUUUUUUUUUAAAUACAGCAGUUGAAUAGAAUUUAGUCACUUUACCAUCAAACGACCUAAACUAAGUGAUACACAUAAUUUCAAAGUUCAACCCAAUCUCUGAGCAACAACCACUGACACUUCAAGUGGCUAUAAAUGGGAAAAAAAAAUGUUGAUCCAAGACUCAAUUCCAACACAUUCACAUUCGCAUCUACUUUUUGCAUGUAUAUAACCUAUAAGAUAGAGUAAAAUUCUGGCACAUCGUAUGUGUGUUGGCAGAAAGUUCAUAUAAUCAAUAUCUAAGUCGAAACCAAAAUUGGAAAUUUUCUCUUAUUGAUCCCUCGUCUGCU